GAAUAGUUGUUCUUUAUCUUCCAGCAUAAAUGACCAUUCAGAUUUCUACACGUAUUUACUUACAAUAUGGACAUCUCUUUACACCAUAUUUGAGAAUGGUUAUUGGAUCAAGACAGAAACUACCCCGUAAUACAGCAGACACUAGUUUGUCAAAGUUCUCAACAAAAACAAUCUCACAGAAGUUAUGUAGCUGUCAUUUUCUUACACAUAAACUGGUACAGAAGCAAAAGUUACUUUCAAUAAAUCUACCAUCAACUGUAAGACAAUCUCUAGAAUGUUUAUCCACAGAACCAAAUUUUGAGCAAUUUAUAAUACAAACCGAGAGUGAUUUUGAAAAGAAAGUUUUGGAGAGUCCAAUUCCAGUUGUAGUCUACUUCUAUACAAGAACUUGUGUUCCAUGUGCAGUAAUGGCACCCAUACUUGAAGACAUUAUAGUUUCCUAUGGAACAGUCAUAAAUUAUUUUAAAGUUGAUGUAGACAGCCACAGAACUUUGGCUAAGACAUAUGUACAGGGAAAAUCAGGGGUCAAGAUUAUGCCAACCCUGAUUGGAAUGAAGAAUGGACAAGUUUUUAGUAAGAUUCGAGGACUUAAAAGUGAGGAACAAAUCAAAAAAUUUGUAGACAAUUUAGUGAUAUGAAAAAGCACUUUAAAUCUCUAUUGCCAAAAUAAAGUUUUGUGUUAAAUAAACUUGUUAUUUUUAAAAGUAGACAAUUCAUGAAAGAGUUUAUGCCCCAUCUAUGAGCAUUACAUUUAUCAGUCUGUGCAUCUGUUCGUCUGUCUUUCCCGCUUCAGGUUAAAGUUUUUUUUUUGGUCAGACAAGGUAGUUUUGGAAGAAGUUGAAGUUUUGACCCCAACUUCACGGUCUACUAAACAUAUAAAAUAAUAGUGUGGGUGGGGCAUUCAUGUACUGUUGACACAUUCUUGUUAUCAAUUGUUUCAAGUUGACGUCACAUUUUAAGUUCACCUUUCAAUAAUCUUAUGCAUUUUUUAAAUGUUUUUCUUUUAUUGCUUUGUUCAUAAAUCAGGCCCAUGUUUUCUAGUUUGAAUUUUUUUUAAAUUUCUCAUUUUUCGGGUCUUUUAUAGCUUUCUGUGCUAUAUGGGUUUUGCUCAUUGUUGAGUCCAUACUGUGUCCUGUAGACAUUAAAUUCAUAAAGUCUCUUGCCUAGAGUUGUCUCAUUGACAAUCAUGCCACAUCUUCUUAUUUUAUAUUGGUAUUGUUUUUAAAAGCAUAUAUCAAGAUGUUGUAGAUGGUUAAUAAAAUUCAAAAUAAUACAAAUUCAACUGAUAAUGUAAUAUUAUUUUCACUAUAACUAA